UAUUUUCCGAGCAAAUUUGGGCAGUAAUAUUGGGUACUCGAUAUUGGUAUAAUCAUCCCUUUUAAGCAUUAAUUGUCCAAUAUCAAAAUGUGACACAUUUUUCCAUACUAUAAAAUACUAUUUAAGAUUAAAAUGCAAAAUAAUUCAAAGUUGUUUGCAUAAAUUUAUACCAUUUCUAUACCAGAUAGCGGCAUGCGAACGUCAAAUAUGAAAAAAUCAAAACCUACAUGCGUGAUUUGUUAUCAAGUUUCACAUUUGAAAACAAAAGACCGUCUGCUUUAUUACCUAGUGUUCUUGAACACACUUCAAAAAAAAAGUCCCGCCAACAUGAAUAAAAGAUCCACGAAUUGAUAGCGUCUUUAUAAAACUGUAAGCCUUAUGUAUCAUUCAAACAGAUUUCAGAUCGCUUCGCUUGAAUAAGCAACGUACGCCAGGAAUAGCAGAAGUUGGGAGAGUCGAGAAGGAAUAUAUAUUUUGCAUUUUUAUGCAUCAGUUGAAUAAUAUGUCUUGUUCAAUGUUUUCAAACCAUAAUGCAUAUACAUCGUACAAAGGUUAUGAAUCGUUUAAUGCGACAAGUGUUAAUGUCAGUCCAAUGGGGAUAGACAAUUCUCUUACAUCGACUAUACCAGGUUUUCCAUCUCAGAAUGCAAGUCAACCGAACAGCCUUCAUCAGCCUCAAUGUCGUUAUACGUAUGCACUUCCAAACCAAGCAUUGAACACUCCAGGUUCCAGUCUCCUGACAAGUCAUACAUUUUAUGAUCCAGAAUUAGAGGCGCGAGCAAAACAACUACAGGAACUGGAAAGAUUUGCAAAUGAAUUCAAACAUUGCCGUAUCAAAUUGGGUUACACACAAACAGGAGUGGGAGCUGCAUUAGCAGCAAUCCAUGGAACCGACUUCAGCCAAACAACCAUAUGUCGUUUCGAGAAUCUUCAACUGAGCCUGAAGAACGCUUACAAACUGAAGCCGAUCCUUACACGAUGGUUAGCCGAAGCAGAACGCCAGGAGGCGGACAAUGGCGAAGACGAUCUCGGACAAGAUCGUAAAAGAAAGAAAAGAACGACGAUUAGUUUAAACGCAAAGGAAGCGUUGGAGCGACAUUUCAUCAAACAUCCAAAGCCAUCAUCCUUGGAAAUUUACAGAAUUGCAGACAGUCUUGGUCUGGAUAAGGAAGUGGUCAGAGUUUGGUUCUGCAAUCGCAGACAGCGGGAAAACGCGUAA